AUGCUAAUUUUUUUCUUUCAGGUGAUCACCUAUUUGAAUCAAUUCUCGAUGGGGAUGCGCUCUCCGAAUGCUGAAGCCUCUCGUUGUGCCAUUCUCAUUCUUCAACAAUUGGCUGAAAAUCAGUAUUGUGCGGAUAACUUAUGUCGUUUGGAGUGCAUUGAUGGAAUCAAAUUAUGUAUGAGGAAUCAACCAGAGUUGAUUUGGGAGUGUGCUCACGCGUUACGACUUCUAUUGCAGCGACAAACGGGAGAAUUAGCCGGGCAACUUCUCUCGACGGGAAUGGUCAAUUUCAUGUUGGAGUUGUUGGCCUCACCGAUGCCAAAUGUGAGCCGAGCGCAAGCAGCAAGAGCCGAGAUUGUGGACGGGUUAAAAGCGGCGUGUUUGGAUGCACGAUAUGGCGCUGAGAUCACGAAGAUUUUGGAGGCGAACCCGAUUUGGUCACAGUACAAAGAUCAACGCCACGAUUUGUUCUUGCCGGCGUCAAGGACUCAAGCGAUCACCGCCGGAUCGGGAAAUUCAGCCAUCGCCGGCUAUCUCACCGAGGGAAUGUUCAGUCCUCCUCCAAUGUCCACGCAACCACCGCCACUCAAUCACGAGGACACCACCCCU